AUGUCGAACCAAGCCGUCGGCAAUGUCUACCAGUCGGUCAUCGACGAGGUGAUUAACAGUUCCCGCGUCGAUUUUGAGGAGAGCGGCAUCGAAGAGUCGGUGCUGGAGAUGCUGCGACAGAAUGGCAUCAAGCAGGAGCCCCAUGGCCAGGAUGAGGCGGGACCCGCCAUCAAGAGAGAACCAGGUCACCACCUUCCCAUGCCACCCCCCAUGACCUUUGGUGGCAUGGACAACAACGUGGCUGCGCACCGAGCUGCACAAAAUCUUCAACAACAGUAUGGUGAGCGAGCCGUCAACUCUAUCAAUGCCAUUCAGCAAGGGCACCACGCGGGUCACCAACAGCAGCAGCAUCAGCAUCAGCAUCAGCAAGGACAGCAAGGACAACAAGUCGCAGACCCACAGGCAGCCUAUCGUCAACAGAUGGCUGCGGCCACGGCUGCUCAACAACACGCAUCGAAUGGACAGGGCCACUUGCAACAUUCUCAAACCGACGGCGCUGGCGAGGCUGACAGUGAUGGAGAAGAAGAAGAAGAAGACGACUUUGACGCCAUUUUGUGUCGCAAGAACGAGGCCGGCGAGUUGCAGGCCAUGGGUCGCGUCGAUAUUGAUCGCAUUCUGCACAAACAGUUCGCGUCCAAGGCCAAGGCUAUGGAAGGCGGCGGUCUGAUGCUGCCCCUCGAAGAGGCCACCCGCCACAAGACGAUGCCGGCCUCCAAGCGGAAAGGCAAGGGCGUUGCUCGGUAUGACGGCGACGACGAUGAUGAGGAAGACGACGAGGAUGCGAUCAACUCUGAUUUGGAUGACCCGGAUGACGUCGGACCCGACGACGACGGCGAUGAGGAUGGGCUAGGGCAUAUGAUGCUUUGCAUGUACGACAAGGUCCAGCGGGUCAAGAACAAGUGGAAGUGCACUCUCAAGGACGGCGUGCUCACAGUGAAUGGCAAAGAAUACGUCUUCCACAAGGCGACGGGUGAAUAUGAGUGGUAA